AUGGCAAGUAAUUACAAUCAAGAUGGGCAAAUACCGAUUCCACCUCGCAGAACACGCUCGAUUACUUCAGAUAAAGUACCCUAUGUAGUUGAUGUGGUGGCUGAGAGAUGUAUUGUGCCGGCUAUGGAAAAAAUGUCAAGAAGAGAGCCUAAUAUGGGAGAAAGUAUAUCACCUUUAGACCGCUUGAGGAAUAAUGUAGACAUGUCAGAAAAUGUUGCUAGAAUGGCAUCACAUCUCAAACAGUUGGAGAAAAAAAGGGAUGAAUUACAAAGACAAUGUACUGCCAUUGAGUCUAUGAACAAGCAAAGUGAAAUAAAUAGAUUAAUCGAUAAAAAUAAAGAACUGAAACAAGAUGUUUUUGUAUUAAAAAAUCUAACUUAUAGGUUGAAUAGAGAAUUGGAAAAAUGUCAAGAUAAACUAUUAUCAAAAGAUCAGUUUCCUGAAUCUGCGGGUUACAUGCGAGUACAAGAUCCAAAAAAUAUUAACUGGCGUAGGGAAGAUAUUAAUGCAGUAUCACCAUUGUUAGAAGCAUACCAAACAUCUUUAGAAGAGAAAGAUGUUACUAUUGAAAGUUAUAAAAAUGAACUUGCUCGAUUUUCUUCUAGAAGUAGAGAAAUUGCCGCUGAAAAUGAAAAUCUUUAUCAGCAGCUUGAAGAAGCAAAUGAAAAAAUUGAGGUUACAUAUGGAGAAUGGAAAUCAUUGGAGUCUGAAGUAGCUAUGUUAAAAGAACAUAAUGAGUUAUUGGUCAGGCAAGCCAAAUUACAUCAAGCAAAGUUACAAGAUUUACUUCGUUCAUAUCAAUCGAGAGUUACUGAGUUGAAUGGUGAACGAGACUAUCUAGCUGAAAAGUAUGAAAAUGCCCGAAUAGAGCUUCUUCAUUUGCAAGGUCGUGUGUCAUCGUUAGCUGGAGACUUAAAUCGUAUGAAAACCGAAGAUGAUAAUAAAAUUCCAAUUGCUGUACACACGUCUGCUGUGAACGAGUGUCGAAGACUUUUUGAAGAACUUAAGUGUCGGUAUGAUGACGAACGCGAUACGCUGAUGCGAAGGUUGAUAACGUUUGAAGAGGAAAGGCCAACACUCGACAUCAAAAUCGUUACUUUGACCACGGAAUUAAAUCAACAGCGGUCUAUUAACAAAGCUUUGGAUUUACAAUGCUCACAGUUAAAAGCGAAAUGUGACGCGUUGGAGAAACACCUGUUUGAUUGCGAAUCGGAGAAGAACACCAACAAGAAACAAUUGGCAGAUGCCAUGGUGUUCCUGCGUGAAACCAUAAACGAACAAGAGGCACUUUUGCGCCGUGCGGCCGGCGACAGUCGUAACGACGCUUCGGCCGCCGUGUUAAGCGCCUCCAUAAGCGCCCGAGUGAAGGCCCUCACUGAACACCUAAAGUGCGUCGAACAAGGUGCGCAUCAAGAAGUGAACCGUUUGAGCAGCCGCCUGUACGAACAAUCUGCCGAGCUGGAAAGAAUGAAGAAGACGUACGAGAACGAAAUUAACGCACUUAACAACGCCCUUCUACAGAAGCAAAGCGUUAUAGAUUCGAUGGAUGCGAAUUUGGAGAGAUAGCGAUGGUGCCCAUGCGCCGCUUGGUCUUCGUCGUGGUGCCGUAGUCUUAGUCAGUACAUAUUAAGAAGGGUAUGAAUAGAGGUUGUAAUAAUACGAGGAAAACCAAAUAACAACUAAAAUAAUAUCUAUAAUAUUUACAUACAAAUAUAUGUAUAUAUUUAUAGCUUUAUAAAGACUUUUAAUCAAAAAAAAAAAAAAAAAAUGUAACUUAAUCCCAAAGAAUUAAAGUGUGUUCGUAUAAAAUAUGUAUUUU